UCAGAAAUUUUUGCUAACAAAAACCUUGAGCCCGCCAAAUAGAAACCCCUUCUCUCUCUCUCACUUACACUGCGAGCUUCACACCUGCGUUUUCACUAUCUCCUCUACUUCUCUCAAAGAUGAGUACCAUGAAAUUUUGCCGCGAGUGCAACAACAUUCUCUAUCCUAAAGAAGAUAGGGACCAGAAAAUCCUCCUCUAUGCUUGCCGUAACUGCGAUCAUCAGGAGGUGGCUGAUAAUAACUGUGUGUAUAGGAAUGAGGUGCAUCAUUCAGCAGCUGAGAGAACUCAGGUAUUGCAAGAUGUUGCUGCCGAUCCAACACUUCCUCGUACUAAAUCUGUUGUGUGCCAAGUCUGCAAGCAUCCUGAAGCCGUCUUCUUCCAGGCAACUGCGAGGGGAGAGGAAGGUAUGACGCUGUUCUUUGUUUGCUGCAACCCGACUUGUGGGCAUCGGUGGAGAGAUUGAUCUGCACAUUAAAUAAAACUCUAGAUGUAUCAUGUUUAUGGCUAAUUCGGCCUUCUCAAUUCUGCAACUUUAUGUUGCAUAUUUUCAUACAUUCAAGUUAACUUGUUUAAAUCAUGAUAUUUUGGCUAA